CUGGCAGUAAUGAAAUUGAUUUAUUUCAAAAAUUAGCAAAACAAAAAGCCCUAGUACAAUAUAUGUUAACGUUUAGCAGUCUGAUAGAACAGUAGCAACUCGUAAGUAAGCUAAGAAGAGGAAAACAGUAUAGGUAAACUUUGCCUGCAUAUAUAACUAAUUUAGAAAUUUUAUUUUGAAACUUUAAGAAAAGCGUUCUGUACGGUGAAAACUGCUCUUUUUAUUGGUCUGAACAGAUUUUAUAUCAUACUUGAAACAAGUUGAAGAGCUAGAUCGGCACUGAUGGUUGCAUGUUGCAUGUUAAGUUCAUUGUAAGAAUUUGCAUAGAAACAUUGACAACGCGGCGGCAAGUUCUUGGAGGUGAACACACUAUCCUCGUCGUACUAAUUAGAUCGACGAUAUAGAAUUUCAUUUGCGAAACCCUCUAUGUAUUUUAGUAUAUGUAUAAGUGGCAUUCGUAUCAGACGUUGUAAAGAACUCCUGCUUUUCCAAAUGGCGUUAAUGCAGUCGUAACAGAAAGGGGAAAAGAAAAGUUGUUCUUUGAGAGUAAUUUCCUGAAAACGGAAGGAAUUUUAAACCCUAAUCAGGACGAUAACUCACGUUCUGAAAAUUCAAGAAAUGGAUGAAUUGACGCUGGUAUCUUCGGACUUAGGUGCGGAAUCAAAUAAUUUUGGGAAACGUUCAAGACUGGAAAAUAUUUAUUUUGGAUUGGGUCACGUAUAUAAUGACUUGUGUGCCUCAGUUUGGUUUUCCUAUACACUUUUCUAUUUGCAAAUUGUCAUGGAAAUACCAUCAACCACUGCCGGACUUCUGAUAAUGACAGGACAAGUUACUGAUGCAAUUGCAACUCCUGUAGCAGGAUGGACAAUCGACAGAGUCGGCACUCGUCGGGCGUGGCAUGCAACAGGUACGUUGUUUGUUACGAUCGGAUUUUCUUUAAUUUUUGCUGUUAACAAUAAUGGCAAUAAUUAUUUGAGUGUCUUGGUGUAUACCAGUUUAAUUAUUUUAUUUCAAAUUGGAUGGGCUCUAGUACAAAUAUCCCAUCUAUCAAUGAUUCCUUCUUUAGCUAGGGACAAUAACCAAAGUAAUACACUUACCACUCUAAGAUACACAGCUUCGGUAAUUUGUGGAAUUAUAGUUUAUAUGACGACAUGGGCUGUGUUAAAAGAUGACGCAAAUCUAAACAACGUUGGACCGGCAGACUUUUAUAGAUUUCGUAAAAUUAUGUUUAUUAUCACUGGCAUAGGAUUAUCAGCAGUGAUGUUGUUUUAUGUUGGUCUCAGAAAUAAAUGGAAUAAAUUGCGAACUUAUAAACAGUUACAAGAGAACGAAGAGAAUAAGGAUAAACUUCCAAGGAAUUUUUUAAAGUCGUCCAUCAUUUAUAAAGUUUCAUUGCUCUACAUGGCUUCCAGAUUAUAUACAACCUUAAACUUAAUUUAUAUUCCUUUAUAUUUGGACGAAAGGCAGUCAGAUGAGCUAUCAUCAAUUGAUGGAAUUAGAAGUACGGUAGCUACGGUACCAUUUGUCGUUUAUGUCGUUUCUUUUAUUACUGCGAUAAUUUUAAAUUUUCGGAAACAGAGCGACACGAUUGUUUACGUCUUCGGUUCACUAUUUUCAAUGUCAGCCAGCAUAUGGAUUGGAAUAAUUGGAAGAAAUACGUCUAAAAUUGAAAUAUACACCAUAGCCACUCUAAUAGGAAUAGGAGGAUCCACGACUUUGGUAACUAGUUUAUGUUUAACAGCAAAGUAUGUUAAAAGUAAUGGUUUUGGUGGAGGUUCAGUGUACGGAAUCGUUACAUUUACUGAUAAACUAGCGUCUGGGUUAGCAGUAUUUGCAAUUCAACAUUUGCAAAAUUCCUUAGAUGAGAAUUUUCCUAACUUUUACAGCAGUGUUCUUGCAUAUGUCUGCGGCAUUACCGCACUUUUGGGUUUAUUAUCAAUUACUACUUUAUACUGUUGUCCUGUAUCUGAAGAAGGCUUGUAAUAAAUUAUAAAUAAAUAAAUUACCUGUCGAUUGUA